GAAAAACACGAGAUUGGAAAGUAUGUGCGUUUAGACCUGCUGUUGUGAAGCUCUUUUAUUUCUUAGGAGUAUCGAUAGAAGUUAUCCACAAUGGCUGACAGUGAAAACGAAUGUAAGGUCUACGUUGGUUCUUUAAAGUUUGAGACGGACGACGAUCGGCUCAAAGAUUAUUUUAGCACGAUUGGAGACGUUGUAAAAGCUGAAGUCAUAAGGGAUUGGGAGACUGGAAGAUCUAGAGGGUUUGGUUUUGUCACCUUUAACAACAGUUCAUCAGUAUCAGAAGCAUGUGAUAGGCUUAAUGAUACGGAACUUGAUGGCAGAACAAUCAAAGUACAUAAAGCAAACUCCCGUGGUGGAGGCGGCAGCUCUGAAGGGCGAAGAGGAGGCCGAGGAGGCAGAGGUGGAGGAUAUGGCAGAGGAAGACGUGGUGGUUUUAGUGGAGGUGGUGGAGGCUAUGGAGGUGGGAACUUUGGGGGUGGUUCAACCUAUGCACCAGGCUACACUGGUGGUGGUGGUGGUGGCGGUUCUGGAAACUACUACUACAGUAGUGGUGGUGGUUAUAGUUAUUAAAAAGGACAUGACCACAGGCCAUCUGUUCUACUUCCGUGAUUCAACUAUGUUCCUGUCAGUCUGUUAUGCAUUGAUGUGCUGAGGUCAUAGAACAAGACAUAAAAAUUCAGUUUGCUGUCCUGAAACGUGAUGAAUGAUAAACCUCAGCUUAUGAUGUUCAGUGCUCUGAAGUUUCCUGUGUUAUUGUCCUGUGUGCUUACUACUAUGAAAACCUCAGCUAAUGAUGUUUGGCUCUCUGAUGUUCUGAUGAUCCAUUUAUUGUGCAGAAAUGGUUACUUAUAUGAAGAGCAGAAAUUCAUACAUAUUUUAAGUUCUUGUUAAUUUAGUUUAAGAUGUUUAAACAAUUUUUUUUCUAUGCUCACCUGUUCAAAAUAGUUGAAAAAUGAUCAUUGUACCUUAUUAAAAAGAAACAUCAACUGUGUUGUCACCACUGCUGAAAGUCCACUUUCCAAUCCAAAGUGCCAUUUUUUUAUUAUUUUAAUAUAUUCCUAGUCUUUCCUUGUAUCAUGAAUUACAGCUACAAACACAAAAGAGUGUCAACAAAAUCAGCCUUGUUUUCCUUUAAACUCCAUGUGCGUUUGAAUAGAUAGUUUGUGUUUUUGUAGGCUUUUAGGAGGAUUUCUUUUUUUUGGUAUGUCAUUAUGGUAAUUAUAAUGUACCAUAGUAUUAUUAGAGCAGUCAACUAAACUUGAGUCACUUGA